AGGGAUGAGCCAUCGUGAUUUUAUCAUUGUACCGCGAUAAUACAGUAUAGUUUCGAAAAGCAAUAUGCUAGCUGUAAAGUUGAACUAGAACCGUGGUAUUGUUAUGCGCGAGAUACGUCGUUAUAAUACAUUCGUGGCAAUUCCGAACCGAUUACAAUAAAUGUUGCAAACGAUAUUCUAAAACUAUAACAGAAUUUUUCAGAGAAGUAUGAUUUUCUCUGGAAACAGUGACGUAUCUUGCCAGAAUUUGUAUGGUAAAUUGCGAUUUCGAUAAAAUAGAAAUUGAGGUUUCGAAUGAGAAUGUUCAAGUUUAGAUUUGUUAUUAAUUUGCUAACGCUGACACGAUUGAACAGUAAAUAAAUCAAUAACUGGAUCAAUUAGGAUUCAUGGUGACUUUUCGACAAGUAAUGCGUUAUGAUAUUUUCACCAAAAUCUAUGAAGGAAAAUCGACAUGAUUUUUUUUGUAAUUUGGAAAAUGCUUUAUUGAGCCUAAUGGUUAUUUCAUUUAUGGUGGCAUGUCUUGUUGAUGUCGAAUAAACAGAUCGCAUAUUUAUACUCAACAAAGUAAGUUAUAUUUUUCUGUUAGCGACUUUGGUUCAGCUGUUAUGAAUAUAUCACUGUUAUGCAAUGGCAGUGGUAAUAGUUUGUUUGGGUUAGUUGAAUAAGCGCAUACUACAUUCUCCGAAACGCCUCAUUUCUCACAAAAAUUACCACACGAGACGCGCAAGCCGCAUCGGCUAUUAGAGCUUAUUUUUUCAUUUGUUGCGAUUGUAGACGCGUCAUACAGCACGAUGACGAAGCUGCGCACUAGUGUUAGGCAGUAAACACAUCGGUAGACAUACGCGAUGCAUUCGCCCAGAAAUAGAACGCCGAAGAAUUAAUUGUUUGAGUUUAUGCGAAGGUUUACGAAUGGUCAGAGAAGGAACCGAUAAUUUGUGUGACAGCUCCACGAACACAGUCCCACAUUGGAAGCGACUCAAUUUUGUCGGUUACUUCAUGGAAAUUAUGGUUUGCGAGAAAUGCGAUGUAAUGAUUUAGAGCUAUUCAACUUAUUUUUUAUACAUAUAUAUUUGAGGUAGUUUAGUAUUUUGUUGAAGCUACAAACACUCAAUUUGGACUUCAAUUCUAGACUAUUGUUUGCGAGAAAUGCGAUGUACAAAUGAUUUAAAGCUAUCUUUAUUUACUGCGAGAGCGGAUCUCAAAUUCAACUUAAUUCUUAUAUUUAUUUGAUGUAGUUCAGUAUUUUGUUGGACUUACAAAAACUCCAUCCAAACUUCAAUUCAACAAAUUGCCCUUUUGGAAAGUAACCGCAUUCUACACUCCUUUGCAAAAUAUAACUCCGGAAUUAAUAACAAAUUUAAUAACGAAAAAAAGAACAAUAUUAACCUCAGGUUCAUUAUUAUAAUAUGAAAUAUCAAGAAUUCGAGAGGGCGUUGGAAUCGCAUAUAUAAAAAGGAGUUAAAUGACUUCAUUCCACUUACCUUUUCUGUGGGAUAAGUGUACGGAACGUAUAUUUUCCCUACAUACAGAAAACUUAUCAGCAGUGUGUGUUCUAUUGUCUCAAUUAUUCGAUCAAUAAUUGGGUGGAAUGCCAACUGAUCGCAAAGAUUGUAGUCACGCAUAAAUUAAUAUUUCAGGUCACAAAAUGUUUUAUUGUUGGAUACCCAUGAAAACCAUUAAGUGCAGUUCGUUAAUUCAAAGUACUUGUCUAAAUGAUGUAUCACUCGAUAUUUCUUGAUUGUGGACUGAUUUGAUACAAUUUGCUCAUAUGACGUUGUGUCAAAUCAUCAAUAGUCAAUUUAUAAGUGAUAUCGGGGGAAAUUUCGGUAUUAACGAAUGUUGAUUGACCUUUCAAUGAUGUGAUCUAAAAACAUGACCGGAUCUCAAUUCUCGAAAUUAACAAAUGGCUUCAUCACACACUUUUCAAAUAAGUUGUUACAUCAACGAUGUCGUUAUGCUUUAAGACUAAUUCUUUAAAUUGGUCGUCUUUUAGAAAAUUCUUAGUUCUCACGGUAGUAACUAGUUUCAUUUAAACAAUUAGAGACUGGAUUAUUACAACCUAACAACAUGCUUGAUGCAAAUUUAAUAUCGUUUGUGGAACCAAUCGGCCCAGGACAGAUUGUGGAUAGAGAAUCACUCGUGGCGCUUCCCGUUGGAUACCUUCAGAUAUCAAUUGAAAAUUCUUGCGAUCAGCUCGUGACGAAGAUCCUCGCUGCUCGUGGAAUAGGUGCACCGGAAUUUGAAGAAAACGAUCUAUGCAAUUUUCUUUUGAAGUCCUACAUAUGGCAAAACGGAGAGGUACUUGCUGGAGCUGAAGAUUUAGCAACCCAAACUGGCACUCUAGGAAGGAAGACUAGAAGUCUUACAAAAGGAAGCUCUUUGAAAAGGGGUCAUCCAGGAAGCUGCAGCUUUAGUUUCCGUAAACAACAGUCCGAAAACGGAAUGAAGAAUGAUAAAAUUGUUGACGCAAUAUUACAGGUUUGUGUCUACAAGGCGUCAAAAGGAACGGUAAAGAGAAAAACAUUUUUGGGAACAGUACAUAUCGCUUUAAAAUAUCUAACUAGUAAUCAGCCGAGAAACACCACUGAAUGUUUAUCCGGAAGAGACGACUGGUUCAAGAUUUUUCCAAAAUCGACAUUUCUUCCGGGAAGUCCGUCAGACAUCGCAAAAACAAACUGUUAUAUUUCUGGACAGUCAGUUGAAUCUCAAUCACAAAAUCUCGACGACAAUUUAACUGACGACGAAGAUGACAAUGAAACUUGCUCUCAUCAUUCAGCUGGAUCGAAUUCGAAUUCUGUCAUUUCUUUUUACCAGUAUGAUAUCAAAAGUGAGAAUAAAACAAAAGGCAAUACUUCUCCUAGAGUAGCGCACAAGAAAGAAAAAACUAAUGCAUCGACAAAAAAUCGGUCAUAUAAGCCACAAAAAAAGAAUCAACAACAAGAUGAAACUUCGAGUAGAUAUAUUCCAAGAGCCGUAAGCUCAGUUCGCAGAAGUAUUAGUAUGUUUUUGGUUCGCGCAAGAUCUGUUGAUGAGGUUAAAGCAACUGGUGGGAAAGAGAGACACAGCAGUGAUGCCACAGAAAUAUCGUCGUUUUCUCCACCUACUCCUCCAGUUUUAGUCGGAUUUUCUUCUGAAUUUAUCAGUAGCGAUAACCAAGCACAAUGCUGCGUACGACGAAAACAUCCCCUUCACGGAUAUAGCAGUUCAACUUCUGUAGAUGUCGGUUACGAGAGCGGUCGCAGCCGGUGUACUUCAUCAGAUGACGAUGUGUGGCAUUCAGAAAGAGUAAGAGUUCCAGUCAAAAAAGACUAUAAUAUUAAAGAAAUCGUAAAGGCAGAUGUUAUCGAAAAAGAACAAUAUGACUCGUUACCGGGCACUUCGUCGCUUGCUCGUCCCAUAAUUUUUAACAAACCAGCUUUAUCAAAGCGUCAUACAGCAUCUCCACUGAGGAGAUCAACGCGAAUUUCUGAAAUCCCUGGUUUUACAUCUCUUUCAGAAAUAGGAAAGGGUUUCUAAAUCGAAACAGUGCCUUGUAAUUAGUCAAAAUUAGGCUACUUGGAAAACUUUUUCGCUAAAAUACGACCAUAUACUCUCAGAGAGACACAGUAAUGCUUAUUGCAACCGAUACCGGUGCUUUAUCUAUCGUCGAUUACGUUUUAGAGUGGUGUUUAUGUAGAAUUUUUGUUACGUUAUUUGUUUUGUUGUCACUGUGAUUACUCAUAUUUUAGUAAUACCUAAUUUAAUGUUUAAUAUAAAUAAUAAAUAGCCUUAUAUUGACAACAACAA